AUGUCCAAGACACGUACAGAGUCAGAUGCGUUUGGAGAGAUUCAGGUUCCAGCAGACAAGUACUGGGGAGCGCAGACCGAAAGGUCGCUCAAGAACUUUGAGAUUGGCAGCAUCACCAUGCCCGUGCCCAUCAUCAAGGCUUUUGGAAUCUUGAAGAAAUCGGCCGCCAUUGUCAAUACCAAAUUGGGCAAGCUCGACCCCAAGAUCUCCAAGGCGAUCCAGCAGGCGUGCCACGAGAUCAUCGAGGGUGAGUUCAAUGACAAUUUCCCCUUGGUGAUUUACCAAACGGGCUCGGGCACGCAAACCAACAUGAAUGCCAACGAGGUGAUUUCCAACCGUGCCAUUGAAAUCCUUGGCGGUGUCAUGGGAAGCAAGAAGCCCGUGCAUCCCAAUGACCAAGUCAAUAUGUCGCAGUCGUCCAAUGACACUUUCCCCACCGUGAUGCACAUUGCCGCAGUGACGCAGAUUGAACACAACUUGAUUCCAAAUUUGGAAAGUUUAAAAAAUGCAUUUGCGGCAAAGGAGAAGGAGUUUGCCGAUAUCAUCAAGAUUGGUAGGACCCAUUUGCAAGAUGCAACACCUUUGACUUUGGCGCAGGAAUUCUCCGGCUAUGUUCAACAGUUGAAAUUUGGAAUCGAGAGAAUUCAAGGAACCUUGGCGAGAUUAUCUCUCUUGGCCCAAGGGGGCACUGCAGUUGGAACAGGAUUGAAUGCGCCAAAGGGCUUUGAUGUCGACAUUGCCGCUGAAGUCUCUAAGCUUACAGGAAUCUCAUUCCACACCGCCCCCAAUAAAUUCGAAGCGUUGGCGACCCACGAUGCAGCUGUAGAAGCAUCGGGCGCUUUAAACACAUUGGCUGCUUCAUUGUUCAAGAUUGCCAAUGACAUCAGAUACUUGGGUUCGGGACCAAGAUGCGGCUAUGGGGAAUUGUCGUUACCGGCAAACGAACCUGGUUCGUCCAUCAUGCCCGGUAAAGUCAACCCUACUCAAUGCGAAGCCAUGACUAUGGUGUGCGCUCAAGUGAUGGGCAAUAACACGACCAUCACAUUUGCCGGUGCCUCUGGCCAAUUCGAGUUGAAUGUGUUUAAGCCUGUUAUCGCUUACAACUUGUUGAACUCGAUACAAUUAUUAGGUGACGCUUCGAGAUCAUUUAGAAUCCAUUGCGUCGAGGGCAUCGAGGCCAACAAGAAAAGAAUCAGCGACUUGUUGCACAAGUCGUUGAUGUUGGUCACGGCGUUGAGCCCCCACAUUGGCUACGAUAAAGCUUCAAAAGUCGCCAAGUAUGCUCUUGAAAAGGGUCUUACUUUGAAAGAAGCCAGUGUUGAGUUGGGCAUGACGACACCGGAACAGUUUGAUGAAUGGGUCAGACCUGAGAAUAUGAUUCAUCCUGAGUAA